UCUGUUAGACCUCACACACCCAGUUUAACGGCUAAUAGGCGCGAGCUGCUUCUGAAUAUUGAUCGUUCACUCUGAUGAAUUAGUGCUCACAUUGAUGCCGCGGCGCUUCGAGGAAAAAAACAAUCAUGUGUUGAGAUCUGUGCGUCAUCGGGAUCCCGGCGGCGGUGGUGUAUUGUACUGCUUCUCCGUCGUGUCUCAGACCGGAGAGUGUGGGGGUCACUAAGUGCGCACACCGACCACCGAUCAGCGCGUUUAAUUGAAGCUGUCAAAGCGCCGAUUGAGCGCCGAUCAACUCGGAUGACCUCCGGAGUGGCGGGGGGAGCAGCGCCGGAGGAGAUGAGCAAAUCUGCAGGUGCUCUAGCGCUGUCGUAAAACGGGAGUCGGCAGCAAGUCAGCGGUCAUUAAAGCGAUGCCAGGGGUAACCAAGUACAAUUUAGUGGAUGACGCGCACGAUUUGAGGAUCCCCAUGCACAACGACGAGGUGUUUAAGCAUGGGGUGUGCUUCGAGGCAAAGUACAUCGGCAGUCUGGAGGUGGGCCGCCCCGGCAGCCGAAUGGAGAUAGUCGCUGCAAUGAGGAGAAUCAGAUAUGAAUUCAAACUGAAGAAUAUAAAGAAAAAGAAGGUCAACAUUGUCGUAUCCACUGAUUAUGUCAAAGUGAUUUUGCGCAAAAAGAGGAAGAGAAAAGGGUGGUCAUGGGAUGACAAUACGAUCUUGGUGACACAGGAUCCCAUCUACAGGAUCUUCUAUGUCUCACAUGAUGCCCAAGACUUGAAGAUCUUCAGUUAUAUUGCGAGAGAUGGACAGAGCAACAUUUUCCGCUGCAACGUGUUCAAGUCGAAGAGGAAAUCUCAGGCCAUGAGGAUCGUGCGCACGGUGGGUCAGGCUUUCGAUGUGUGUCACCAGCUGACCCAGCAGCAGAAAAGCGAUGACCAGGAGGAUGAGGAGGGGAAAGCGGAGGAAUCAGAGGCAGUGCCAGCAAAGAAGAGAUUUGCAUUGUCAGAGGAGACCGACCUUGAAGCCACUACAGAGGAGAGCAUUGAGUGUGUCUCCUCAUCAGACCUGGAGAAGAGCAAAAAGGACGAGGCACUCGACAACGAUGGGAAGGUGUCUGAUGACCCAUCCCUCCUGCUGAGCUCCCCCAUCCUUGGAGCCUCUGUGUCGGGUCAGUCGGCAGAGGAGGCUCCCUGCUCUUCAGAGCACCAGGUCCAGCUGCUCCAGAAACAGCUGCGGCAGCAGGAACAACAGGCCCUGGCAGCCUCAGAGCAGGUCCAUUUGCUCCAGGAGCAGCUGUCUGUGGAGGUUUGUGCCCGGACUGAAACCCAGGCCCGAGUUCAGAGGCUGCUGCUGCAGAACACCGACCUGCUGCAACACAUUUCCCUGCUGGUCAAACAGAUCCAGGAGCUGGAGCUCAAAGCGGCAGGCCAGUUAACAUCCAUGGGCUCCCAGGACAGUCUUCUGGAGAUUACUUUCCGCGCCAAGCCACCCAGCUCUUCUUUAUCUGCGGGACCUUUUUCAUCUCAAUCCCAGGUCCAGAUUAGUGACAGCGCCUGGUUCUCCGCCCUCCCCGGGCCCUGCUCUCCAGGCACCAUGGGCACCGACACCAGCCCUCUGGCGCUCAGCGGCAGUGGAAUUCGCCUCGAGUGCUUCCGCUUCUCCUCGCGCGGGCCGGACAGCCAGGAGCAGGGCCAGGACACAGGGGAGACUCCCAGCGACGGAGCCCCAGAUGACAGCUCACUGCUGGGGGAGCAGGUCCUGGGAGCCCUGGAGCUGCUCCGGUUUAGGGAGUCAGGAAUCGGGUCGGAGUACGAAUCGAACACAGAUGAAAGCGAUGACCGGGACAGCUUGGGGCAGGGGGAGGGAGUGGGCGUUGAAGGUGCAGCUCGACUCUUAAACGUGCUGAACGCAGAGAGUCUGCCGGACUGCUUAGGGGAUGAGAUGGCUGUGUAGUGCCGCUCUUAUGCCUCGUUCCCACAUAGCUCUGUGUGCGUAUGCGAGUCAACCAGAUGAUGAUUUUCAAUGUGUUUGCAAAACUCCUACUUUCAGUUUUUGUUUGGUCCGGUAUUGAAAAGGUUUUGCAGCAGUUUGUCUGAUACAGGUUAGCUUCAAAUGCUGAUUUAUUGCGGAAUUAGCGAAUAAGCUAACAGGCUAUUUCAUUCAAUUCAGUUACUUGACUAUGUUGAAAGCCAAAAUGUGUAAUUGUUUAAUUAAAAAAGAGAAAUGUGCAGCUAAUUUAUAACAUCGUAAAUUUGAGGAAUGUUAUUUUGCUAAAAAUAUAUAUUUGGCUAUAUUAGCAUAGCCUAAACCCCCUAAAUCAAAGUAAAAGUUUGUUAUUACAUUCAUAUACAUUUAUUUAUUUGAAUAUAUCAGUCAGUAAUGCUCCAGGUCCAUAUUCCAUAACACUGGAUGUCGAAAAAGACACCAAAUCAACUUUUCUCCAUCUCUAUUCUCCCAUCUCUGUAAAGAGAUGCAUUUCAAUGUGUUGAAAACUAAGCGGCGUACUCCAUAUACUAUAUGGAAUUACAGACACAAAACAAAACUGAAAACGAGGCAUUAAAGCUGCACAAGGCAACAUUGCACUUAUGCAUCUUUAAUGUAAGACAGAUGAAAUUCAGAAUAUGAAAAACGGAUUUGUACAGAAAUCAUAUAUUGUGACGUCAGUGAACUGC